AUGGGGUUCUUCGGGAAGAAUCAGGCGACCCUCACGGUUUUCGACGAUGAUAUCCAGCCUGCGCCGACGGCCGAUCCGGAGAAGCAGACCCUGUCCCACGACGAGAGCCAGACCGCACUCCCGGAAAUGCCCCCCGCCGCGGUCUUCAUCGACCCCGAGAUCGAGAAACGCGUGCUGCGCAAGCUGGACUGGCGCGUGCCCACGCUCCUGGGAUUUCUAUAUUUACUCUCCCUGCUCGACCGGAGUAAUAUUGGAAAUGCCAAAAUUGCGGGCAUGAAGGAGGACCUUCAGUUGGACAGCCAGCGCUACUCGUGGCUGCUCACCAUCUUUUACAUCGCGUACACCGUCUUUGAGUUUGCCGCACUCAUGUGGAAGGUGAUGCCGCCGCACCAGUGGGCCGCCAUCACCGUGAUGGCCUGGGGAAUUGUCGCGACUUGCCAAGCUGCCGCCUUUAAUUGGGAGAGCAUGAUGGCCCUGCGCUUCCUGCUAGGCAUGGCUGAGGCCGCCUUCGGGCCCGGGACUCCCUACCUGCUGUCCUUCUUCUACCGCCGCCAUGAGCUGGGCCUCCGCUGCGGCAUGUUCGUGUCCGCCGCGCCGUUGGCAAACACCUUCGCCGGCGCCCUCGCCUAUGGCAUCACCUCGGGCCACUCCAAGCUGGCCAACUGGCGCCUGCUUUUCCUUGUCGAAGGUUGCCCGUCCCUGAUCGCCGCCGUUGUUGCCUGGUACUUCCUGCCCGACCACCCGUCGACCGCGCGGUUCCUGACCGAGGAGGAGAAGGAGGUCGCGCGGGCGCGGGGCAUGCGGCGCAGCGGGGAGAGCGAGCGCUCGACGGGAAUCGACUGGCGCGAUGUGGGACGGACGGUGCUGGACGCUAAGGCCUGGUUGACGGCGCUGAUGUACUUUAGCUGCAACGUCAGCUUCUCCUCGCUCCCCGUCUUCCUGCCCACCAUCCUGGAGGAGAUGGGUUUCAGCUCGAUCGACGCACAGGGCCUCACGGCCCCGCCCUAUUUCGCCUCCUUCCUCGUGACCAUCGCGACGACGUGGCUCGCCGACCGGUUCCAGCAGCGCGGUCUCACGAUUGCCGUCUGCUCCGUGGUGGGGGCGGUGGGUUACACGUUGCUGGCGACGAGCCUGUCCGUGGGGGUGCGGUAUCUGGGGGUGUUCCUCGCCGCGGCCGGCGUGUUUCCCUGCAUCGCGAACAUCCUCCCAUGGGUGCUGAACAAUCAAGGCUCCGACACGCGCCGCGGCGUCGGCAUCGUCAUCCUCAACCUCCUCGGCCAGUGCGGCCCUUUCCUCGGUACUAAUGUAUUCCCGGACAGCGACGCCCCGCGGUACAUCCGCGGCCAGGCCAUCUGCGCAGCCUUUAUGUACUUCACGACCCUCCUCGCGCUGGGGCUGCGGGGGCUCCUAAUGUGGGAGAAUCGGCGGCUGGAUCAACAGCAUGGGACCAAGGCCGAGCGCGAGGCCCGGGGUGGACCGGCGCACGACGAUACAGUGGGGGAGGAGAACUACGGGGCCGGAUUCCGAUAUGUGCUCAACGGCAUCCGCUUCUCCAUAACAGACCUCACCCCACCAACAACCCGUCUCCUCCCAACAAUCUACCAAGACCGCGCCCCCAUCUCCCUCUACGACGCCCAAUACCCAGACCAGCCCUCCACCACCACCACUACCAUCCGCCGCCCUAUCCCAGACCCCACAAUCACCAGCGUCAUCGCCCACCUCAAACACUUCCAGCGCAUUUGCUCCGACUUCGACGUCCCCGCGGCAAACAUCCACAUCCUCGCAACAGAAGCAACCCGCACAGCGCCCAACUCGGCUGACUUCCGCGCGCGCAUCAACGCCGCUACCGGCUGGGACGUGCGACUGCUCUCGAAAGAAGAAGAAGGCCGGAUCGGUGCGCUGGGUAUAGCGAGUAGUGGGGCCCGCAUCGCUGGUUUGGCGAUGGAUUUGGGCGGUGGGAGUACGCAGUUGACGUGGGUGGCUGAGCAGGAUGGUGAGGUGCGCACUUGUCCUGCUGGGGCGAUUAGUUUUCCGUAUGGUGCGGCUGCUUUGACGAGACGGUUGGAGGAAGAGAAGAGAAGUGGAUCUGGAGCGGCGAGGAAGCAGUUGCUAGAGGAAAUGCGCUGCGCUUUUCGCGAUGCGUAUGUCCAGCUCGGUCUUUCUGAGUCGUCGGUCAUGGACAUAUCGCGCUCGCGCGGUUCCUUCGACUUGUACCUCUGUGGUGGAGGGUUCCGUGGAUGGGGGUAUGUGCUUAUGAAACAGGCUGCUGUGGAUCCGUACCCGAUACCCAUUAUCAAUGGGUUUAGGGUCCAGCGGGGGGCGUUCCACGAUACUGUCUCUGUGUUGGACGAGGUCGGGUAUGAGAACGAAGAAGACGAUGAAGACUCCUCUUCAUCAUCAACCGACACGCCCAAAAUCUUCGGCGUCUCCAAGCGUCGCGCAUCCCAAAUCCCGGCCGUCGCCCUCCUCGUCAACGCCAUCAUGGACGCCCUCCCCUCAAUAACCCACAUCCAAUUCAGCCAGGGCGGCGUCCGCGAGGGCUUCCUCUUCGAUAAGAUCCCCGCCGACGUGCGCGCUCAAAGCCCCCUCCUCGCAGCUACAGCACCGCACGCACCUCCCGACGCGGAAGCCAUAUCUUCCCUCCUGCGCAGUGCAUUACCCACGACGCCGUCCCCAUCAGGCGAGCCUAUCGUGCCGGCGUCUAUUUCGGGACUGCUCCCGCGCGCAGUGGCGAACAUGAUGUUCGCACACUCGGCUGUUCCGCGGGAGUCGAGAUCCGCUGCUGCGGUGCGGUGCACGACGUCGGGGUUGUUAGCUUCUGCGGGGUGUCUUUCGCAUGGGGAGCGCGCGCUACUUGCGCUGGUACUGUGUGAGCGCUGGGCGGGGGACCUUGCGGCUGCGGAUGAGGCGUUUAGGGGGUUGUUAACGGAGUGUGUCUCGCGUGAGGAAGUCUGGUGGGCGCGGUAUCUGGGUCGUGUUGCUGGUAUCGUUGGGGAUGUGUAUCCUGCUGGGCGGGUAAGUGGGUCUCGGGUGAGAUUGGAUACAGAGUGGGAGGUUGUUGAGAAGAAGAAGGGUCGGGUUGAGAUGUUGGUGGUGAGGAUUACGUGUGAGGAUGGGUUCGUGGGUGGUGGUGGGGAGAGGCUGGAGAAAUUGGGGAAGAAGAAGAAUUGGGAGGGGGGGUAUGGGGUGAAGGUUGGGGUUGUCUUUGGGUGA